AAGCAAUCAUGUCCGGCAGAGGCAAGGGAGGAAAGGGUCUUGGUAAGGGAGGCGCCAAGCGUCAUCGUAAGGUUCUACGUGACAACAUCCAGGGCAUCACCAAGCCUGCUAUCCGCCGUCUGGCUCGCCGCGGCGGCGUCAAGCGUAUCUCCGGGUUGAUCUACGAGGAGACUCGCGGUGUGCUGAAGGUGUUCCUGGAGAACGUCAUCCGUGACGCAGUCACCUACACCGAGCACGCUAAGAGGAAGACGGUCACCGCCAUGGAUGUGGUGUACGCGCUCAAGAGGCAAGGUCGCACUCUGUACGGCUUUGGAGGAUAAAUCGGCCAUCACUUCCGGCUAAAACAAAGGUCCUUUUAAGGGCCACCCACCAUUUCUCAUAAGAGUACCUCCAGUACUAUGACGCUUAUAGUAGGGAUGGGUGAUUCCACACUUUUAGGAUUCCAUACGAUAACGAUACCUUUCCUGCAUCUGUAUCGAUACCAAUACCAUUAAUUUUUUCAUUGUCAAUUUUUGUCAGUCAAAAAUAUUACUAUUAACAUAAAUUUUAAGACAAAUACCGGCCAUUUAUAUCAGUGGUCCACAAUCUUUUUGUAGCUGCGGACCGGUCAACGCUUGAAAAUUUGUCCCACAGACCGGUGAGGGGGUGGUGU